AAAUAUGAUGCUCAUUGAAUUUUCUUUGCAGACUUAAAACUGUUGAUUGAUUUUAUCAGCUACAGUGACACUUGGCUGUUGUGAAUAAAAUUUGAGAAAUGGUGAAGGUGGAGAUAGAAUAUUGUGGUGGAUGAGGUUAUGCCCCCCGGUAUGAGGAGCUCGCGCGCCUCAUACGGGCUAAGGUGCCUUCUGCAGAAGUCGCUGGAUUCGUUGGCAGAAGGAUGUCGUUUGAAGUGACUGUGGAUGGCACUGUCAUUUUCUCCAAGCUGGAGCGCGGAGCGUUCCCAGAUUUCGAAGAGUCCGUGAAGUCUGUGCAGCAGGCGGCAGAAGGUGGAAAGCCCCAUCACGUCACAGGGACGCAGUCCUCCUGCACUAUCCUCUAAUGUAGCGCUUUUAUUUCUCCUCUGGGCCACAGUGUAGACAAGAUGCAGUAAGUUGUUUCAGGGAAGGUGAGCCAUGUUAGUUGGCACUGGCUGAAAAAUGCUUGUGUUUAGAUUAAAAUAGUUAAAUAGUCGCGGGGCUAACUUAAGAGUCUAAAUAAAUAAAUAAACCAUUUCUCUUAAUACGUUAGCCCAGGGGUUAGGAAAAUAAGCAAUGCAUUUGUAAGAGGAUAGACAGGUCCGUAUCAUAGAUGCUGCCAGCAGCGACGUGGCGUUCAGGUUGUCGUCUGUCGUUCCCCUCGCUAUGACGGCCCCGUUUAAAGGCUAUUGAGGCCCUACGGUGACUUGACUCCUCUUGAGGGAAGUGACAGCACCACACCCUGUUGCCUGACGCUGCUGCGGUGCCUUAUAGGGUACUCCAUACCCGUGGCUAUAAUAACUUAACUUAUAAUCUACUGUGUCAAUCUGGGUCUUGUCGGUAGUGUACGAGAAUUUCCAUCGUUUUCUUUACAUUCACUUCAUCCGACUAUGCUUAUGAGGUUUUAUAGAUGUAUAGAGAUGGCAUGAUUGUAGUAAAAUUUUAAACGGCUACACGCACGCAUUUUCAUCAUCUAUUAUUUAACUAAUUGCAAAUGAACUGGUUUCGAAAACAAAUCUCUAGUUCGCAACUACAUGUAUCCGCGGGGACAUCAGCCUGUGUCAACAAGAUAUAUUUACGACCUAUUAAAUUCUUGUUCUCAAUUGUUCACACUUAAUUAAUUGUUCUUAACACGUUGACUCCGAAGUGGUACAUAUGCGUACCACGAAGCGUUUUACUCCAGGACGUAGUGGUACAUAGUUCAGGUUGCCAGAUGAACUAAAAAGCCACUCCGGUGUAAAAAAAAAAGCAUGGAAGCACUCUGGUGUAGAAAUUCCAUUUCUAUUUUUGCAAUUUUUUACAUUUAAUUAAGAAAUACCCCUAUCAUAAAUUUUAGACGGUCAACGCAAUUGAAAAAUUAAAUCGUGGAAUUCUGAAAAUAUACCGUCUUGCAACCGUGUUUCAUAAUAGGUAGUACAAAAAAAAAUCAGAGUCAACGUGGUAAUGUUUUGUCGAAAAAUGAACGUUCUUUCCAUGGUUCCAUUUUUGAUUCGAUUGAUUUCAAGACAUUUUGAACUUCACAAGAAAUAGGGGUGAAGGCGCUAGACUAGUUCACUUUCAUUGUUGUACGUUUUUACCAUGUCCCACUGUUCGAGAACAGUCACAAUUUGCGUCUUAAUUGAUUUUUAAAUAAAAAUGUUAAAUGUAA